CCCCGACUGCCAGCCAUCUCAUUCCAACAGAAAACAGAGAGAGCACCGAAAGCUCGCAGCUUUGCCAGCAAGAAAGACAUCAGCAGCAGCCAGCAGCGUUACGGCAUGGAGCUGGAGCUCGGGCUGGCGCCGCCGAGCGCGCGUCACCCCAUUCCCAUGACGAUCGACCACCUCACCGCCGAAGACGAGCUGAGCAGCACCUCGUCGGACCACCACCACCACCCUUGUGCUGCGCGCGCCGGGAAGAGAGCGUUCGCGGAAGCGUUCCAGGAGGCAGCGGCGACGACGACGACAACGCUGCCGCUCUUCGAUGACGGCUCGUCGUGCGGCGGGACGAACGGCAGCAGCAGCAAGAGGCCGCUGGUCGGGUGGCCGCCGGUGAGCUCCGCGCGCAGCAGGGCAUGCGGUGUCGGCGGCGCCAAGUACGUGAAGGUGAAGAAGGAAGGCGACGCCAUCGGCAGGAAGGUGGACUUGUCGCUCCACGCCUCCUACGACGAGCUCCUCGCCACGCUCUCCCGCAUGUUCCCGACCACCGGCUGCAACAAAGGUAGGUACCAUUGUUCGUUGUUGGUCCAUCAGAUUUCAGGGGAUCUAUACGAUUCUGUUGAUCUGAUCCCCAAAUUAUUGCCAUCCUGUUGCAGACGACAAGGAGAUCAGCAGCUCCAGCAGCAGCACCAGCCAUGUGGACGUGGUGGUCACUUACGAAGAUGGAGAAGGGGACUGGAUGCUGGUCGGAGAUGUGCCAUGGAAUGAUUUUGCAAGGUCCGUCAAGCGGCUCAAGAUACUGGGAUGAUUGAAGUCUGGCCGCACUGAUGAUGUACAUGUUCUUAUAAUUGGAGUAUAAGCCCUUUUUUUGUUUUUGUUUUUGUUUUUGUUUUUGUAAAGCACUUGGUGUUAAGACUUAAGAGUCAAGGCAGUAGCCUCUUGUGACAAUACGUAUACGAACUGGUUUUCUGGUCUUGUCUGCGAGAAUGUUUCUCUUGGAGAUUUGUCUCUGUGUUUUGCGCAGUUUAUGCUGCAACUGAUCGCAAAUUGAUAUAAUACAUAUAUUCAUUAAUUCA